GAGGCCGUGGGCGGGGCUUGCCCGUCCAGUGCGUCAGGAGAGUCUGUCCGUGAUGUUGUCGUCUCCCUGCAGGAAAGCAGCCUCUGCUUUUCGCGACACUUGGAUGCAGAUCCGCUUUGACAUUAACGUUUAGGGAAGUUUUUUGCGUUGUUUUGUUUUGUCGUCGCAGCCGGACAGCGCAGCCGAGCUCCGGCAUGCGGCGGCCGGAAGCCUCAUGAGAGUCUGACGGCGAGAGACCCUCCAGGAGCUAACCGGCUAGCCGGGCUAGGUGGCAUCUCAGGCGGGACUACCAGCUGACGGCAGCAUGGCGUCUCCCUUCAAAAUCCCCAAGAGGAAGCAGCCGGUGGACGGCAGCGGCGGCGGCGGCUCCGAGCGCCUCACCAUGCAGUCGCCGCUGUCCCGGCUGCAGGACGGAACUGCAGAUUUCAAGAGGAGCUGGGACUCGUCGCGUGGAGGCCGGGCUGGGAGCGCGCUCGUCGGCAGAGACAGUCCGUCUCUGAAGCCUCAGUUUCGAGGCGCGGUGAAAACGCUGCUCGGGCUCAGCGCCGGCGACUCGGCAGCCAAUCAGAGGACGGGAAAGGCUCUGGGGACGCAAUCAGCCAAUCACAGGGUAGAUCACUCCACAAAGCCACUGUGGAACCACCAAUCACAGCCCAGGACGCAGACGCAGCAGCCGGGGCGACGAGCGAGCGAACCCUCCUCCUGCUUUACUGACCGAUGGCGUCCUAGGAGAGGGUCAGAGCGGCUGCUGGAGCAGAACGGAGACCUGGAGCGCCUUUCUCCAGCAGGGAAGACGCUCAGCAGCUCCGAGCUCAGCGACUCGCAGGACUCUCUGCCAGCAGAGGAGCAUGCUGGGAGUUUGAGUUCCUCUCCGCCGGCAGAGAAGACGCCGAGACGGGACGGUCCAGAGCAGAACAGGAGACGUUCCUCCGAGGCUCUGGAGAACCGCUCCAGGUGGAAACAAGCGUCCGCCGGCGCCUCGGACCCAAACUCCGACUCGGACGACUUUGUCUCCCCGCUCCGGCCCCGCAGCAGAACCCCGGCCGACGCCCAGAAACAACCUCCCCCCUCCUCCCCCUCCUCCUCGCUCUCCUGCGUUCUGCGGACCUCGCUCUCCCCGAGGACGCGUCCGGAGCGCCCGGCUCUCAGCAGAACGUCGUGGCUCGCCGCCACCAGCAACCUCAGGGACCAGAGGGGGAGGCGGCCGGCGUCCAGGCGUCUCAGCCUGGGCCUCCACCGCCGGACCCCCAAACAGACGCCCUCAGAGCCCAUUGUUUUGUCCAGCGAGGAAGAGGAGGGCGAGGGCGAUGAAGGAGUCGGCGAGCAGAGGACGUCCUGCAGCAGGAUGAAGAGCCUGCAACCUGCAGCACAGGAUAAACCGGCAGGUGGCGGUGGCGGUGGCGGCGGCGGUGGCGGUGGUGGCGGCGGCUCGCUGCCUGCCUUCCAGGAGCUGGAGUUCAGCUCGCUGCACGUCGGCCUCACGCAGGCCGACGCCAACGGGAAGAUCACGAUCACCGAGAGCGGCAUCGUCAUCCCUCUGAAAGGCUGGCGGGCGUGCGGCGGCGAGGACGGCGAUGUGACCGUCGUGGCGUCUGAACUGCGGGGCUACGGCGUCUGGGACGGGGGCGUGGCCAGCGGCGGGACUCUGCUGGCCGGCUGGGAAGGCCCCGCCCCCUCGCUGCUCUUCCUGUGGGUGUCGGAUGCCCAGGCCAACCUGCUGCAGAAGGAGCUGACCGCCGUCCGGCCCGCCGCCACGCCCGGUAACCACGGGCCCUCCUGCUGCUUCCUGCUCCUCCUGCUGAAGGAGCAGCUGCCGGAGCUGGAGGCCGCACUGCUGCUGUCCAUGCUGGACUCCUCCUCCUCCUCCUCCUCCUCCUCAGGGCUCCGCUCUCCUUUGGACUGGAGUGACGGGCUGCUGCUCCUCCACACCGCGCCUCCUCCUCUGGACCAGCACCUCCUGGACCUGCUGGGACGCUCUGCCGGGACGAGGUCCGGUCAGUCCAGGAGGCCUCAGCUGCAGGAGCCGUCCAGCAGGCUGAUCCAGUACCCGGCGGCGCCCUGUAAGGGCCGCAUCACGGUGAGCCGCGAGGACCUGGCCUGCCUGGACGCCGGCGAGUUCCUCAACGACGUCAUCAUCGACUUCUACCUCAAGUACCUCCUCCUGGAGGGCGUAGGGGGCGCUGUGGCCCAGCGCUGCCACGUCUUCAGCAGCUUCUUCUACAAGCAGCUGAGCCGCCGCCGCGCCGCCGGCGAGGAGGACGCCGCCGCCCCCGUGCCCGACCGCCACGUCAGACACCAGCGGGUCAGGACGUGGACGCGUCACGUCGACAUCUUCACUAAGGACUUCCUGUUUGUGCCUGUCAAUCAAGAAGCUCACUGGUACCUGGUGGUGAUCUGCUUCCCUGGCCUGGAGGAGACUCGCUUCGAGGAGCGGCGCCCGGCCUCGGCGCGGGACGCCGGGGCCAAGGACGCCGCGGCCAAGGACGGCCUCCGGCCCCCCCUGGGAGCCCCGAGGCCUGGGGCCGCCUCUGGCUCCGCCUCCCAGACUUCAGCAGGUGCAGCGCAGCGAGCCGGGGGGAAACUUGCCCACAUGCUGAGAUCACACCAGCCACCGGAGUGCACUGAGCAGGGCUGGCACAAGGACUCGGCUCUGAAGAGGCCCUGCAUCCUGGUCAUGGACUCGCUGAAGCUCUCCUACCACGAGAACGUCUGCCGCCUCUUACGGGACUACCUGCAUGUGGAGUGGGAGGUGCGCAGGGGAACGCCCCGCCUCUUCACAGGUGACAGCAUGCGCAGCUGCAGCUGCCGGGUCCCCCUGCAGGACAACAGCAGCGACUGCGGCCUCUACCUGCUGCAGUACGCCGAGAGCUUCCUGCAGAACCCGGUGGUGCACUUCGAGCUGCCCGUGCGGCUGGAGCGCUGGUUUCCACGGCAACAGGUGUGGAGGAAGCGGGAGGAGAUCCGACGCCUGGUGAUGAAGAUGCACGACAGCCAGAAGAGCGGACGCCCCUGACUGUUGCCAUGGCGACUGGAGGGCGGUGCGGGUUGCCAUGGCGACCGGAAUGUGGCGCAGGUUGCCACGGCGACCGGAGAGCGGCACGGUCACGGCGGCUGUGCUGCUGCAACACUGUGACGGCCUUCUGCAAUAAACACUGCGUAUUUAUAAUAUUUUUGUAUUGUUUUUCAAGGUGGCAGUGCUCACACUCUGUUUGAAUAUCACUGCAAGUGGAAUUAGCUUGAAUAAAAUAAAAUAAAAUUGUUUCUUAAA